AUGGCAAACAGGGGCAACGCUCAAACACCCCAGUCGGGUGGUGCUCUAGUGCCCGUUGAGCCCUGUAACCCACAAGCUAUAGCGCAACUCGUCUCGGCAAUUCAAGCCUUUUAUGCGCAAUGCGGGCCUCCGGUAGCCCCGACGUCUUCCAUAGUGGAGCUACCUCAAGAUUGCAUACCUGACACCCCCCCCCCAGCCAGCAGGGCCGGGCAGGACCCUCCUCAGCUACGUCUAGCACGACUAAGCAAGGCCCCAGACACGUUUGCAAACUGCACGUGCACAGAAGUCUAAGUCUAGUGCCCAGAAGGCCAAGUCCGGGGUGCAGAAGCCUAAGGCCAGCACCCAGAGGACCAGGCCAUCAAGGGCCACCUCCUCUAAUGCAAGUCAGGAGGCAAAAGGUGUUCCUACUGUUUUUCAGGAUACUCCAGCCCAGCACAGUACGUCCGAAGGGUCAUCUUCGGAUGACGAGUUGCCUCCCCAGCAGGCAGCUUCUGCGUCUAAUGACCCAGCCCCGCGAGACAGUAGCUCCCGCGGAGGGAAGCGGAAAGCGAAGAGGAAGCACGUGUCCAAGAAGAGCAGGAGAAGGGACCCAUCUGACUCCGAGGAUGAGACAGGUACUUCUUCUUCUGAGGGUGAUAGUGAUGCGCCCAUGGAGACUUACUGGGGGGAGGGCGAAGAGACAGGUGCCCCUUUGUGGGUCCAUGAGAGGUGGGCCAAUUCGCACCGUAAAAAUUUUUAAUGGGACCCUCGAAUGGAAAGAUGGGGCGCUAGUCAAGGAUGUUAAAGUUUCAACUCACUCGUCUACUGAUUUUAACUUGGGAAAUCACCUUUCUAAGAGGAAAAGGGAUAAGAUACUGAACGGGGAUUUCGUAGAUAUGUUUACGUUGCUGCCGCCGGCACAAAUAAAGGGUAAAGGGGAUAAAAAUAGGUAUUAUGGUAAGAAAAGAUAUAGGACCCUUCGGGCGGAGCGUACAUUUGAGAACUGGCUCAAUGGCUACCAGGUAUUCAUGGGGAUAGUCUUAGGAGGUUAUCCAAAAAGUGGGUUGCACCUUGCAUCUUAUCUGGCUCAUGUGAGAAGGGUGUGUGAAUUAGCGGGAGAUGAGGCUGCCAUCUCGUACGACGAGGAUUUUCGUAGGAAUGCCUCGCUUUUGUCCUCAAAGCGCUGGGAUCAGAGGGACAAUAACUACUGGAUGGAGCAUGUGGGGCCUAACAUCGAAAAGAAAACUCAUGACCAAGCAAAACCCGGUAAGGUGGACGCCAAACGUCGUAAACAAUGCUGGGAUUUCAAUAGAGGGGCCUGCCAGCGCACCGCUUGUAAGUACUUGCACGAAUGCGAUAAGUGUUUAGGUAGCCACCCGGCUAUUAACUGCUUCAAGGGCAAACAACAGCCCUUUCGAGGCGGCAGGGGUCACCUCCACCAGGGAAACCAGGGUGCCCCCUCUGGCGCUUCAGGACCUGCCCAAGGGUCAACAGGGAAUCGCUACUAA